AUGGCUGACAAGACGAAGGGCAUUCCUGAGGCUAUCCUCAAGCGCCGCAAGCGCGAUGAGCGCCUGGCCGCCGAGACCGCCAAGGCUCGCGCUGAGCAGAAGGCCGUCAACAAGGGCAAGCGCAAGGACAUCUUCAAGCGCGCUGAGCAGUACGUGAAGGAGUACCGCCGCCAGGAGGCCGAUGAGACUCGUCUGCGCCGCCUCGCCAAGAAGUCGGGCUCUUUCUACGUGCCCGCUGAGCCCAAGCUGCUCCUCGUCAUUCGCAUCCGCGGUAUCAACGGCGUUUCGCCCAAGGUCCGCAAGGUGCUGCAGCUUUUCCGCCUGCUCCAGAUCAACAACGCCGUCUUUGUGCGCGUGAACAAGGCCACCAUCAACAUGCUCCGCAUCAUCGAGCCCUACGUUGCUUACGGUUACCCCAACCUGAAGACCGUCAAGGAGCUCGUCUACAAGCGUGGCUUUGGCAAGGUUAACCGCAGCCGCAUCGCUCUCAGCGACAACAAGAUUGUCGAGGAGGCUCUCGGCAGCAAGGGCAUCAUCUGCGUUGAGGACCUCAUCCACGAGAUCUACACCGUUGGCCCCAACUUCAAGGCCGCCAGCAACUUCCUCUGGCCCUUCAAGCUGAACAGCCCCCGUGGUGGUCUCGUCAAGAAGGGCAACCACUUCACCGAGGGUGGUGACUUUGGCAACCGCGAGGAUGAGAUCAACCCCCUGGUCCGCCGCAUGAACUAA